UUAUUUGCUAUCAAACUCAUCAUUCAUCUUCCUUAAAGAAAAAAAAAAAAAAAAACUCAUCGUUCAUCGUUCUAUAAUUUCUGUCCCCAAAAUCAGAGCAUGAAUUCGUGUCUGAUUUCAGUUGGUUUGCUAUUAUUUCUCUGCUUCUUCAUCACAUUCUCAUCUUGGAGCAAUAAUCAAGCUGACUUCACAGGCGAUGUUUCAAUCAACUGCGGCUCUACUGGAGCUUCUGCAGCGCGCAAUGGCGACCAAUGGCUCGGAGACGUACGCUCAAAAAUCUCUCCACCGCUGCAGUUAAGGGGCUCAUCAGCCGCAUCAGCUGCCAUCAAUCAGUUGAGCUCUGCCGAUCCAGUUCCGCACAAGACGGCGAGAAUCUCCCGCUCACAAUUCUCAUAUGCAUUUCAACUCAAAGCAGGUCAGAAAAUCAUCCGCCUUCACUUCAAUCCCACUCCAUACAGAGGGUUUAAAGGGUUGAGAGAUUUUUUCACUGUUGAAGCCGGUCCCUUUACCUUGCUCGGUAAUUUUAGCGCUUCACUUACUGCUGGUGCUCUUCGUGUGAACACUCUCUCUAAGGAGUUUUGUUUGAACAUUCGAGAAAAUCAACAACUCAUCAUAACUUUUACUCCUAGUCGAUCACAAGAUACAUAUGCUUUCAUAAAUGGGAUUGAGAUUAUAUCGGUGCCUGCAACUCUUUCCUACUUUGAUGGUGGAGAUAUUGGACUCCGAGUUAUUGGUCAGAAUUCUAUGGUCUAUGUUGAUGAUAGCACUGCACUUGAGAUAGUCCAUUGGCAACGUAUCAAACAGGAUAUUGUGCAGUCUAGUGGAGAUUUCGAUGGAGUUUUUCCCAAGUGGGCAAGACAAAGAGCAAACAAGGUAAGAAGUAAGAGCUGGAAAGUGGCGGUGGAGGUCGGAUUCAGGUACUUGGUCAGGCUCCAUUUCAAGAAUGCAGGCGCUGGUGGUGGUGGUGGUGCAAUGUUUAAAAUCCUUAUCAAUGAAAUGGUUGCUCACACUGAUACUGAAAUGGCUAGAGGAAGGGAUCAAGAUAGCAGCAUCCCUUUGUACAGGGACUACAUGGUGCCGAUGAGAGGGCAGAAACAGAAUGGCAGACGCGAUAUCUUGAUUUCGCUCCAAUUAUUUGAUGAACGCAGAGAUGGAGUUGAAGUCCUUGCAGGAUUUGAAGUAGUUAAGUUGAGCAAUCCCGACGACAGUCUAGCUAGUCCAAACCCCAUCCCUCCACGAUCUCGUAGAAUCCCAAAUUUGCUUGGCUAUCAAAAUGCAACUGCAACUAUUGCAAUAGCUGCAAUAUCUCUACUGAAUAUCCUUGUUCAUAAACUGCGGGAGAUUUGGGAAGCUAGGAGCAGUGAUAAGGAGGAGCAGAAGCCAUCAGGCAAGGAUGAAAGAGAUUGCCGCCGUUUCUCACUAGCUGAAAUCGAAUCGGCCACGACAAAUUUCAGUGAUGGAAUUGGACAGGGUGGGUUUGGUAAAGUCUACAAAGGCCUCAUUGAUCACGGCCAAACAACCGUUGCUGUAAAGAGGUUGAAGUUGGAGUCCAGGCAAGGAGAUCGUGAGUUUCGCACCGAGGUUGAAACGCUCUCUCAGCUACGACACAUUAAUCUCGUGUUUCUGAUUGGCUAUUGUGAUGAGGACAGGGAAAAGAUUCUUGUCUAUGAGUACAUGCCUCGUGGGACGCUGGCUGACCAUCUCUACAAGAAUGCAACGGACAACAGAGACUACCCUUCUCUUAGCUGGAAGCAACGCUUGAAGAUAUGCAUUGGAGCUGCUCAAGGCCUUGAAUAUCUUCACACUGGCCCUGGAGUCAUCCAUCGAGAUGUGAAGGCUUCAAACAUCCUGCUGGAUAAAAAUUUCGUAGCUAAGGUGUCCGAUUUUGGCUUGGCUAAAACUGAAGAUAGAAACAAGUUACAGAGCCAUGUUAGCACACUGGUUAAAGGCACAAAGGGUUACUUGGAUCCAUAUUAUUUCAAAUUUUGGAAACUAACAAGUAAAAGUGACAUAUAUUCAUUUGGGGUGGUUUUGUUGGAGGUGCUAUGCGGGAGAAAAGCAUUCGAUUCAGGGGUUUCAAAGGAGGAGCAAUCUUUGUCCAGCUGGGCUGUCCGUAAGAUUAACAGAGGAGAAGUUGAUCGGAUUGUAGAUUCAACUUUGAGCGAGGAAAUCUCGCCAAAUAGUUUGAAGACAUUUGUGGAGGUUGCUAAGAGAUGCUUGCACGAUGAACCAAAGAAUCGGCCAACAAUGUCUGAAGUCGUGCUAGAACUUGAGUUUGCACUCAAGCAACAGGAUAGCAACCUAAGCCGGGAAAUGAAUGAGAUGGCGAGUGGUGGUGAGGACGUCCACCCUACUUCUACCAAUGGAAUACACACGUAUAUGCAGCAAUGCCUCAAUAAUGUCCUAGGCUUGGGAGAUUAGAUUAUCAGUGAAACCAGAUGUUUUCUGGAGUGGCACAAGAGCAUCAAAGACAGAGCACUUGGAGCACUGUUAAAAUUAUAAGCUUGAUCAUUUCUAGAGUUUUCUAUUAAUAAAUAUUUAGUUGAAGAGUCAGGAGUUACAAUCUAGUAAAUGAGUCAUUCAUGAUUUUCUUUAUUGUGAACUUUAGAGUUUCCAUAGACAUAGUAUAAAUAGCUAUGUAAUAUUGCAGAUGAAUGAUCAAGUCUUUGGGAAUUCAAGAAAUAUUAUCUAGUGACUUUAGUUUA